UUUUUCAUAUUUGUUUUUUAUUAAUAGAAAUGGCAGACGCACCUGCAGAAUCAAAAACUAAAACGAAAGCAAGUAAGAAACCAAAGGAGAAGCCAGUGGAACCAUUUUUGAAAAAUAGACCGUUUAAAAGACAUGGACGUCUGUAUGCCAAGGCCAUUUUCACUGGUUACAAGCGAGGACUGCGUAAUCAGCAUGAACACACAACUCUACUGAAAGUUGAAGGAGCAAGAACGAAAAGUGACUCAGACUUUUAUGUAGGAAAACGAUGUGUUUAUGUAUAUAAGGCAAAAAAUAAGACACCAGUUCCUGGUAAGAAGGGCAAAAAAACAAAAAUUAGGGCUAUCUGGGGUAAAGUAACACGGCCACAUGGAACGAGUGGUUCAGUACGUGCUAAAUUUAAGAGGAAUCUGCCAGCUAAAGCUAUGGGCCACCGUAUCAGAAUUAUGUUGUACCCCAGUCGAAUAUAAAUUUUUCUUCUAUAAAAUAAGUGAAUAAAUACCAUUUUGGUACUAAA